GAGUCCGCCCGGCGGUUCGUUAGGAGGCGGAGUUCGGGUCAAUAAAGUCCGUACGUGAAGCACCGGACGAGUCACUCGGUCGUCGUUCUCUCCUCCUCCGGAAUAAAGGAAUCUCUCUUUCAGUUGUCGUCACACCGCAGCGCGAAUCCUCCCGGUUCACCGAGCGCGAAGCGGACCGACCCGGUUAACGUUCCACCUGCGGCGUUCCGACCCCCGUCCCCGGCAGGCCGCUGUGGAGUUGACGAUGAAGCGCCUCUCGGUGCUGUGCCUCUGUGCGCUGGUGACCGCGUACGGCCACAAGGCGUCCCAGGCCCCCUCCUACGCCGAGCGGGGCUCCGAUCUCGGCAUACAGGUGUUCCAGCAGGUGGUCCGCUCCAAGCCCCUGGAAAACGUGGUGCUCUCCCCCCACGGCGUGGCCUCCAUCCUCGGGAUGCUGCUGCCGGGCGCCCACGGAGACACCCGCAAGCAAGUCCUCAACGGCCUGCGCUACAAGAAGAACGGCCCGUACAGGAUGCUGAAGAAGCUGCACAAGACCUUGACGGCCAAGUCCAACCAGGACGUGGUGCUGAUCGCCAACGCCAUGUUCAGCCAGGACGGCUUCCCCAUGGAGGAGGCCUUCGUGACCGCCAACAAAGCCAACUUCCAAUGCGAGAGCCGGAGCCUGGACUUCGGCGACCCCCGCGGGGCCGCGGAUGAGAUCAACAAGUGGGUCGGCAAUAAGACCAAAGGUCACAUCCCCAGCUUGAUCAAAGCGGACAUGCUGGAUCCGGCUCUGACCCGUCUGGUCGCCGUGGACGCCAUCUACUUCAAAGGCUUGUGGAAGUCUUGCUUCCAGCCAGAGGACACCAAGAUGAGGCCCUUCACCGGCGGCAACGGAGAAGUCCUCAAAGUCCCGAUGAUGUCCCAGCUGUCUGUCUUCAGCAUCGGCAUCGCCGCCACGCCUCAGGGGCUGAAAUACAAGGUGAUCGAGCUGCCGUAUCACGGCAACACCGUCAGCAUGUUGAUCGUUCUGCCCGCGGAGGAGGACACGCCCCUUUCCCGUGUGAUCCCGCACAUCAGCACGGCCGCUGUGCACGGCUGGACCAAACUGAUGAGCGCCAGAAAAGUCCGCCUGCUCAUCCCCAAGUUCACCGUUGACGCCGAGGUGGAUUUGGAAGCCUCCCUCUCGGCGCUGGGGAUAACGGACAUGUUCAUCGAGGGCAAAGCCGACUUCAGACACCUCAGUGCUGAGCCCGUUCACGUAUCCAAGGCUCUGCAGAAAGCCAAAGUGGUGGUGGACGAGGAUGGAACCAAAGCAGCAGCGGCCACCACUGCCAUCCUGCUGGCUCGGUCCUCCCCACCCUGGGUGUCAGUGGACAGACCUUUCCUCUUCCUCAUCAGACACAAGCCAACAGGUGCCGUCCUCUUCAUGGGCCAGAUCAACCAGCCUUGAGGCCCAACCCCACUGGUUUGUUACUGGAAGCGUCGUACGCCAGCGUGGGAAAUGCUUCUGCACACGGACACAAACUUUGCUCUCGACUUAUGUACAGUGGGGACGCGUUAUUUUUUUUAAAUAUUGCUUUUUUUUUAUGUCCUCAAUGUUCUUUAACGCACGACAUGCUUCAUGAAACGUUUUUUUGCUGACUAAAAUUUUCAGCUGUUAAUGUUUUUUAUAUACUUUUUGAAGUUAUUACAUUUUUUUAAGACUUUGAAUGUCAGUUGUGUAUUUUUCUCAACUCUGCAGUAGUAGAAUCAGUUUAUUUAUCGUGCAACUGUUAAGUUCUUGCACUCCAGUUUCUCCUCUAAGUUAACUCGAUGCAUCUUCUGUUAUCAUACUUGCUUCAUAUUUGAUUAAAUGAAUACACAUAUUUAUAGCUGUAGUUUUACAUUAUUUUUAAAUGAUCGAGCGUCCGGACAAUGAAUCCAAACCUUUUUGUUAAGUAGCACGUGCAUGUAUUUCACCAAAUACUGUAUUGAAUGUUGAAGAGGUUUCUAAGGACUCUGAUUUACCAGUUUAGAUUGAACAUUUUCAAUAUUAAUGUUCUUUAUAUUAGUUCUAGAAUGUGAAGUUUUUACUUCUGGAACUUCAAAUAUUGGAAUAUCCAAUUAAAGUGUCACGUUUUUUUUGUUUUUUUUUUGUAUUCUCUGCAAUCAUUUCUGAAACUUCUGUCAAUAAAGCCACGUUGAUUUGAAUUGUAAA